AUGGCGAGGCCACGACAAUCGGUGAAAGACGAGCGGCGAAUGCGUGCGACAAGCGGUGAGGCGGAGGCACGACAAAUGGGACAGAUGAGCGGUGAUCUACGAGUAGUGAGGUGGCGACACGACCCUCACUUCAACUUUAGUGAUCGUAGGGCAGCCACCAAAGACUUCCGGCGGGACAGCGUCUUAGGAGAGGGAGGCUUCGGCUCGGUUUACAAAGGUUGGAUUGACGAGAGCACACUGGCGGCAUCACGACCCCGCUCGGGUAUCGUUGUGGCCAUCAAGAGGCUGAAACAGGACGGGUGGCACAAGGAAUGGUUGACUGAGAUCAACUACCUGGGGCAGAUUAGUCAUCUGAAUCUCGUGAAGUGA